AUGUAUCCGUCGGCUAUCGUCCGCGGGGUGGAUCUUUUCCCUCCUCCUGUGACCUGGAUGCCUCCCAAUUGUGUCUUCGAAGUGGACGACGUCCUCCGAGAGUGGACCUGGAGAGAGCCAUUUGACUUUAUUCAUUUGCGUAUGAUGUAUGGAAGCUUCGACGAUGAGGGAUGGAACCUGGUGUAUAAGCAGGCCUACGACGCCCUGGAGCCAGGUGGAUGGAUCGAGCAAACGGAGAUGGAUAUCAGGGUUCGCAGCGACGACGGUACUCUGAAAGAGGAUAGUCUUCUGGCUGGUUGGGGUGACCUCUUCCUGAAGUGUUCCGAAAAAGCCGGUCGGUCGCUCAGAACCCAGGAAACGAUGCGCGGCGCAAUGGAAGCAGCCGGCUUUGUGGAUGCACACGACGAUCUGUUUAAGAUCCCUCUAGGCCCUUGGGCCAAGGACAAGCUCCUUAAAGAGGCCGGUCAACUCCAGUAUGCUCACUGGAGCGCUGCUAUCGAGGGCUGGGCAAUGUGGCUUCUUACUAAAUUUGGAGAUCCUGAGCCAUGGACUCCAGAGGAGGUACAGAUCUAUCUGGCCAAAGUGCGCGCAGAAUUGAAGGAUCCACACGUGCAUCGCUGGGGAUAUUGUCGCCGUGUGUGGGCGAGAAAGCCUACUUUAGAGGAAUUGAUGGCAAAGCCUCCGAAGGCGGAGGAGACAAAUAUCAAGAAGGAGCGAUUACCAUAA